AUGGAAAACAUUGAUUAUAAUGAUUCUGAUAGUGAAUCUGUAGAUGAAAUUGAAAACUUUUCUAUUCUAAACUUCAAUAAUGAUACAUAUCAAAAUAUUAAGGAUAAAAUAUUACAACUAGAUGGCGAUGAUAAUGAAGACUAUGACCUUAAUAGUGAAAUAGAAGAAAUUAUAUUAUAUAAUGAGUUAGAUGAAGGAUUUGAUAAAAUUAUACCAAAUAUUCCUGAAAAUAAAGAUAAUAAAUACACACCUUGUGUCAUUAUAAAUAAUGACAAUGAUAAUUACAAAAUACAACGAUACAACGGAAUUGAUGCUAACCAACCUCUUGCACAACUUAAAAAAUAUUAUGAGGCAAAUGGUGAUUAUUUACAUAGAAGAUAUGGUAAAGGAACUAGAGAAACGGACUGUAAUGAGAAACAUGAUAACUUAACUAGAGUUUUAGAAACAUUUGAAAAUUGGAUUCAGUUAGUAGCAAAAUCAGAUAAUAUAAUACAAAAACAACAGCUUAUCUAG